UAACACUUUGAACACUAAAAUAACAGCAAUCAUAAUCAAGAUAAAACAGUUGUAUGCACUGGAAGACAAAACUGUUAAACUUUACAACUUAUCUAUAGCAUGCCAGCAACCAACUAUCCCAUAUCAAUACAACAUUCUAGGAAAGUUGAUGAUGCGGAGAUCAAAUACCGUCACUAGAUUAAGGAUUAAUGACAUUGUCCUAAUCGAUAGGGUCACUUGUGUAGUCACUAACGUCACUGAAAUUGGCCAAAUCAAAAGAAAUAUGAAGUUGAGCAGUCGCACGAAUCUGAAGUCCAGAGAUAUCAUGUGA